GACCCACUCAGGAAUUUUAUCACUAUCCGUCCAUGAAGGCUGGGUUAAGAAAUAAACCUGUAUCCGGUGUAAAUCUGAUCAGUCACACAGUCUAGCUGGCAAGAGGAUGAUCCGGUGACAGUAUGGGCGACGUAUUUAUCCAAGCAGUGUUUGGUCUGAUCAAGGCAGUGGUGUUUGUCUAUGACGUUGUGGCGUACAUCCCAUACUAUAUCGCAUACAGACCACAGGCCACCCUCAACAGAUCCAAAAGGAUGAAAGCUACUCCAGUAGAUGGGUCCUAUGGGUCCCCUUACCGUUAUGCAGAUAACAGCACACUUACAACCAGCCUAUUUCCGGAGUGCAGCACUCUAGAUCAUCUGUUCCUGCGGGCUGUCCAGCUGCACACAGACGGACCAUGUCUCGGUACACGGGAGCUGCUACGCGAGGAAGAUGAGGUCCAGCCCAAUGGCAGAGUAUUCAAGAAGGUGCUGCUGGGCGAUUAUAAAUGGCUCACCUAUGCACAAGUGUUUGAGCGAGCUACCAACUUUGGCAGUGGUGUAUUGGCUUGCUCACAGAGACCAAGGAAGAACAUUGUGAUAUUUGCAGAUACCCGUGCCGAGUGGAUGAUUGCAGCACAGGCCUGCUUCAAGUAUAACUUUCCAGUGGUGACGUUGUAUGCCACGCUAGGACAGGAUGCAAUUGUCCAUGGCAUCACAGAGUCGGAGGUGACACAUGUCAUCACAUCAGACAGUCUUUUGUCCAAGUUUGAGGGUCUGAUGGACCGAAUCCCUCUGGUGACUCACCUGAUUGUGAUGACCGGGGACAAGAAACUGCCUGCUGUCAAGAACUUUCCCAGUCGGGUUAAGGUGCUCAGUAUGACAGAUGUGGAGUACAUGGGAGCCCAACCAGAAAACUUGCAAACCCCUGUCACUCACCCAAGUCGAGAAGACAUAGCUGUCAUCAUGUACACCAGUGGCUCCACAGGGUUACCCAAGGGUGUUCUUAUCAGCCAUGGCAACCUGAUGGCAGGCAUGUCUGGCCAGUGUGAACGGAUACCAAAUUUGGCACCACCAGACAUCUACAUUGGUUAUCUCCCCUUAGCUCAUGUGUUGGAACUCAGUGCAGAGCUGUCCUGUGUUGCCCAUGGUGUUUGUAUCGGCUACUCCUCCCCUCUUACUCUCACGGACCAGUCCAGUAAGAUAAAGAAAGGCAGUAAAGGUGAUGUGUCCAUACUGAAUCCUACUCUGAUGGCGGCCGUUCCUGUGAUAAUGGAUAGGAUCUACAAGGGUGUGUGGGACAAAGUCAAUGGUGGAGGGAAGGUGGGACAAGCACUGUUUUCAUUUGCCUAUGAGUACAAGAGGAAACAGUUUGAGAAUGGAUAUGACACACCGCUUCUGAACAAACUUGUCUUCAGCAAGAUCUGUAAGCUCCUGGGAGGAAAAGUGAGACUGAUGCUGUGUGGUGGGGCUCCCCUGUCGGAUGCAACACAGCGCUUCAUGAACAUCUGCUUCUGUUGCCCUGUUGGUCAGGGAUAUGGCCUCACAGAGACAUGUGGUGCAGGAACUGUCACUGAAGUGACAGACCUCAGCACAGGAAGAGUUGGAGCCCCCUUGCAGUGUUGCGAGAUCAGACUACGUGACUGGCCUGAAGGUAACUACACCAGUGCCGACAAGCCCUGCCCUCGAGGGGAGAUCUUGGUGGGUGGUGGCAAUGUCUCCAUGGGCUACUACAAGAAUGAAGAGAAGACCAAGGAAGACUUCACUGAAAUUGGAGGCAUCAGAUACUUCUGUACUGGAGAUAUUGGUCAAUUCGAUGCAGACGGAUGUUUGAGAAUCAUAGAUCGUAAGAAGGACCUUGUUAAGCUUCAGGCUGGAGAGUAUGUGUCCCUGUCCAAGGUGGAGACAGCUGUGAAGAUGUCCUCACUGGUGGACCAGGUCUGCGUGUGUGCAGACAGUCUCUACAACUACACAGUGGCACUUGUUGUCCCCAACCAAAACAACCUGACCAAGCUGGCCCAAGAACUUGGCAUUAAUGGGAUGGAGUUCAACCAGCUGUGUGAAAACACCAACCUGGUCAAAGAGGUUCACAAGAGGCUGUGUGCAUUGUCGGCUAAAUCUAAGCUGGAGAAGUUUGAGAUCCCACAGAGAAUCAAGUUAUGUCCAGAAGGCUGGACACCAGAGACUGGCCUGGUGACGGAUGCCUUCAAACUGAAGCGGAGAAACAUUGAAGCCCAUUUCAAGGCAGACAUACGCUCCAUGUACAGUUGACAUUAAAGCCUACAUAAAGUGUGUUGUGUAGUAGGAGUGUUCACCACAGAAGCGCCAAGUCACACGGGAUAAGUCCACGAUGAUUCAAGAUUUGAAACUAGUUAUACACAGUGUGAGUUACAUAUCCUAUAGCAUUGAUUGGCACUGAUGGUUGUUACUGAUACUCCAUACAUACAUCAUCAACCAAUUGAUAGGUGUGCUAUACAGAACUAUAACUACCGCCCUUUUUAGCCUAGUUCAUAAAGUAUUGUCUUUUAAGCUAUUUUCUGCUCAAGUUCAUGUUCCUAAUUUUAUUCCCUCCAUCCCUUUGCUAAGACUCUUUGUUGUAAAGUUUAAGAAUUUAAGUAUACAGUGUUACCCUAUAGAUGAAGCAUUCCAUGUGUUUAGUAGUAGCUGGUAGUAGACAGCUUCUGAAUUACCUUGCUGUAACCAGCGGUGUUAUCACCAGUAAUACACUGUGAGCUUAAUGUUGCUGUGUUGCAGUCAGGGUGUGGUGUGAAGUGAUAUGAGAUCAGUUUACCAGCUGUAGUUGGCCCCUCGGUGAUAGAUUGUGUCCUAUUGUGUCAAGGUCCAUGUACUCUUAGUAUCCCCUUAGGGAAUUCCACCCUACAAAUGGUAGCUGGAUGAUUUCAUGUCAUUGUUUCCCUACUACUGGUCAUAAUUAACAAGAGCAUGUAUUCAUGAAACCCUGUUUAAAUGAUUUGCUGUAAACCACUUUGUGUUUCUUACAUAAGGGGCAGUGGGGUAGUGCAGUAGGUAAAGUGGUUAUCACGCCGGAAGCGAGGUUCGAUUCCUCACAUGGGUACAAUGUUGCUGGAAUGUUGCAAGAAGUGGCGUAAACGCAUACUCACUCACUCACUUCUUACAUGAUGCCACUUAUGAUGAGGCUCAAAGUAAUAUAAUCUCAACUGAUAAUGAUAAAUUUCAUUUGGAGAACUACUAAUCAUUUAGUGAAUCGGUUCUGUCAUUUCAAGGCCAUUUUAACUUAUUGAAUCUAGAAGACAAAUACAUGUAUUUCAAAUCACUUGACAGUGAGUGAAUUUGAUUUUGAUUUUGAGAGAAAUUUCUUCCAAACUGAAGUUUAGAGCUAGUAAGUGGGAUAUGAGAACAUAUAGCAUGUCUUAACAUAAACACAGUGAACUAUGUAGUACUUGGUAUAAUCCAAACCAUUCUGUGUGUACAUGGACCAGUGACACAGUGGAAGGACAGCCUUGCUCAUAUCAUAUUUAAUAUACUCGUACAUACAUACCACAUCUAUUUACCUUGUUUUUGUAUCAUGAAUUUAUCUUAAUUAUCUCACAACUUGUGUCACACAUCGUGUAAUCAGCUUCAGAUUAUCACCGUUACUCAAAGAUCCAGUCAUAACAAGAUCUGAUAUUUAUGGCACAUCAUAUCCCAUCAGUAUGCAGAGAAAUACAUACCCAAUUAUUUAACAUUUCUGUUUGUCAUUGUUGCAAUGAUUAUACUUUUUGUUCAAGUUUAAUAAUUCUAAAGAUUAGGUCAGACUUUUUUGUAUUUUUCAGUUACCUGGUUUGAGUGAUUUUACACUUUUUGUUACUGUAUUAUCUUCACAUAUAUCAAGUCAAAGAAUUUUACACUAUUUUUUAGUGAUUAAGAUGUGAUGUUCUGUCGUCAUGAAUAGACAGUUUCCAAGUUAUUUAGUUGGAUGUUGAAUUUCCAUGUUAGCCAUUAUUAUUGAAUUAUUGUUAUGGAAUUACCAUCACCAUAUUGAGGAUUUAUUCGUGAUAUUGACACCAAGGUGAUGAUGCUUCUGGUGUAUGGUUCAAAUGUUAUUGUGAGAGUUAACAUAGACAUAUUUUGCUGUUAAAACAGUAUGGAGCUCUGCAUGGUUGUCACUAGGAUCCGGUUGAAUUAAAUUUUAUUUUAGACGGUCAUACUCAACAAACUCUCCUAUCAACAUGCUUGUUAUUGAUGUGCGUUAAAUAUGUGCUAAUUAUAUGUGCAAUGUGAUUGUAGUUAGUUGAGUGAGAAGAUGAAAUCAACGAAUGAUUGUAGUGAAACUGACAAGAUGAAUAUCUGAGUGACAGGUGCCUGAAUUCAGCAUGGCUUGCUUGGUGAGCACUGUGUGUAUCUUAAAGUUAACUGCAUAUGGUUUUGAAGUGAAAACAUGGUUUUAUGUUGUAUCAGAGGCUUCAAGAAAUGCUAACUGAAUGGUUGUAUUUAAUUAGUGUCAGUUGUUCAGAUCACCAAUACUGGCACCAUUCAUGUUUUAGUAAUGUUUACUUAAACACUUUCUUUACCAGCACCUGGAACCAGGGUACAACUUUUGCAUCAUGAAUGAUGCUCUGUGUUCCUGAAAGUGAAAAAUGUGAUACAUUAUCAUGUGGCAACGUGAAAUGAUAGUUAAAAGUGUGAUUGUUUGUGGUUAUAUAUGCACAGCACUGACAGCCUUACUAGUUUACAAUUUACGCUUAUUGUACAUUUCAAUCAGAUGAUGGUCUGUUUCUCCUGAUCAUGGCAAUAAUAUUCACUUGCUACAAUGACUGUAGCAAACUAAUAAUUUCUUAUUUCUUCUGUUGUGCAUUUAUUUUCAUGACUGGUGAUUGCCCCCAUGUGAUCCUGACAACUUCUUAGACAAAAUACUAUGUGUAGGUUGACUAAAGUUUGAUGAGUUCAUUACUUCUAAUUAUCGUAGAAUUAAUUGAUUGCCAUAAGAAAAGUGUUCCAGAUGAGUUAGAAAUGUUCUUGUUAGACAAGAGUAUAAACAGCAUUGUGUAUUUGAUAGCAUCAUCAUUAAACCUUUCAUCCAUCUAGGCUGAUGAUGAGUAUAUUCCAUAGUACCAAUACAGCUUAUCUUCAUUCUAGAUUCCAUUCACUGUAUCUUGAUUAUCAAUAAAGUGCUGUCAUUCAAA